AUGUUAUGGCAUAUUCUAGCGACGCUAUUUUUGUUCCCAGUUCAUACAUUGACAAAUGAAAGUACUGAAAAUAGUACUAAAAUUUGUGAAGUUGAUGAUCUAGUGGAAUAUGCCAUUAAACAGCGGCUUCCAAUAUCCGAGACACUAUUUGAUGGUUGCGAUGGCACAUUGUCAUUGAGUGGAACCAACGGUAAUAUUGGUGGUAUUUUAUUAUGCGGUAAAAAUGGCAAAUUCAAAACCAAUAUUAAGCAUGUUGGUGUAGAUAUAGGUGAUAUCAAAUAUAUUGUCUUGGACAAGGGAGAUAGCUAUGCAUAUGAGUGUUUAGAAAUAGAGAUUAAUAAGAAUAACCGAUUUUGGAGGUUUAAUUGUACGGAACAAUUUCAUAAUGGGAAAGCCAAGCUAUACCCGGAAGGGAAUAAACCUUAUAUCAUUGAGCUUAAAACUGGGUCUCAAAUUGGAGCUGGCACGGAGGGUAAUGUUAGAAUUAAAUUGAUUGGUGAAAAUGGACAAACAGGGUCUAUUUAUCUAACUAACCAUUUGAAACGGGGUAGUGUCAAUAUUUACCACAUCAAGGCCAGUGAUGUUGGCGAACUUAAGUCUAUUGUCGUGUCAAAUGAUUCGACAGAUUUGCCUUGGUAUUGUGUCAGCGUUUCAGUGUUGUUCAACGAUAGGAGGGUUCCCUUUGGAAUCAAUCGUUGGUUAGGCGGGACAUAUAAUAAUAAUGCGCUUGUAUCACUAAAUGACAAUUCUUUUGUCCAUGAAAUUACUUGCUCAACUCGUUUGGUCGAUAUUUUUCUUGGAAUGCCCACUGAUAAGCUGCACUCAUUUGCUGUUAAGUGUCCCCUAAAUUGUCCAAAGGAGAAGGUAGAGGGAUUUAUAAUACACCCAGGGUCUACUUCAAUUUGCAGUGCAGCUAUUGUUGAUGGAAUUAUUUCAUAUGGUGGUGGUGAAGUUAAUGUAACAGUUGGGCCCCAAUUACCAAGGUAUAAUGCCGGUAUUGGCACUAGAAAUAGCAUCGAUUAUGAGCCCUUUAAUCGCACUUCUAGUUUUUACCUUUACAAGAUUGAUAGCAUUGAUGACAUUGACUCGAAGAUUAGGUUGGUAGAUGGGAGGGGUGAAUUGGCGUCAGUGGGACGACUUGAGAUUUUUGAUGAAAAUGCUGGUCAUUGGGGUACCGUGUGUGGGAGUGGCAAGGGCACCAAAUUUACAUCAAAAGCAGCACAUCUGGUUUGCCAUCACUUGGGUUUUGAGACUGGAGAAAGGGUAUAUACUGGAUGUAAAGAUGUUUAUGGUGAGUAUAUGUGUGCUCACAGGGGUUAUCCUGUUGCAAUAGCCGGAUUGGGAUGCCUUGGCAAUGAAAGGUCAAUUACCCAAUGUCCAUUUGAGAACCCCACAGUAGACUGUUUGAAUCACGAAAAUGACGUGGUUAUUCACUGUCGAAAGCAAAUAUCCUCCUUUGGCGAUGUGAAAUUGGUGAAUUACGCGGAUCAUGUUACUAAUAAUGGUAAUAUUGGUAGACUUGAAAUCAACGUUGGAGGUUACCGGCCCAUUUGCAGCGACAAAUGGUCACUUAAGGAGGCAAUUAUAGCUUGUAAUCAAUUGGGUUAUGCUAAUGUUGAUGGCGAAGGUUGUGUCAAUUGCUAUUGUGAAGAAACGAAUGGGCACAAUUAUUGCUCCAAAUGGGGAAGUGAUAACCUCAUCAAAAUAUCAUGUAAAGGCUACGAACAGCGUUUGAGUGAGUGUAAAAUUGAAGGGGCUGAGGAACACGAAUGUAAUGGAGAAGUAGUACUAUCAUGUGCUGAAAAAGAAUUGUCAAAAAUGGACAUUGAAAGACUUCAAUUCCCUUCAAACCCACUCAAACCCAUACUGAAACUUAGCUGCUAUGAUACAGCAGAUGAUGUAGAGUUUGAUAAAGAUGGAAUUAGAGUGGUCGAUUGUCCGUUGGGAUGUAAAAAUACUAAAUCACUAGUGGAAGGAACACUCAUUUAUUCCGUAAAAUCUUCAAUUUGUAAGGCGGCAAUACACUCUGGAGUUGUGGAUGAUGGUGGAAAUUUAGUUAUUAGAGUAGCGUCUGGUGUUAAGCGUGUGUUUGGAACCAGUAGGAACGGGAUUGUCAGUAUAGAAGGCAUUGAGGUUGAAAAGGGCUUCACGUUGUCAUCUGUGGUGUCUAAGUUAUUGGACAAAGUAAGGAUAGGUGUUAACCCCGAGUCCAGGAGCGGGGGGACGUACGCUUCUAAUAGCACUGAAAUUGAUAAAGCUGUGGAUGAAAUAGGCGAUAAACAGGACAAUGAUAUCGAAAAUGAAAAUAAGAACAAAGGUAUAGAUGGAUCUUUAAGCGUCCCGUCUCAUAACGAGCGCCUCAAGCCACUAUACAAUAUCACGCCAAAACUGGCAUUUACCGGUACCAGUAACUCGUGGUUGGAUAUUACCAACUAUGAGUUCUGGAGUAAAAUAGCUUCCAGUAACAAAUUCUCAAUAUCUAUUCACUUUAAACCCGCGACUAAUGGCAUUGAUGGUAGUAGGAAAACAUUAUUAUCAUUGGGUAAUUGCGGGGGAUUAAUCUUGUCACUGGAUGAUAGACAAUUGGUUGUUGAACAGAUUUGCCAUGCAGCAAUUACUAUCACUAGUGUAAUCAAUACUAGCGAUGAUGAUACGAGUAUUGAUAAUGAAGUGGUUCAUAUAUUGUUAACAUAUCAUGGGCCCAGUAAAACUAUUGCAGUGUAUUCAAAUGGGCACAACACGAUACACAAAAGUAAUUGGAGUACAAUAUCUUUGACGGGUCCCAAAUACGUCGGUAGACCUGGAACAAUGUACGAUGACUACUUUGUCGGUCAAAUAUACAACAUCCAAUUUUUUGACCAUAUUCUUACGUCACAAGAUGCGUAUUCACUCAUUAAAAACUUCAAUUCAACUGUCAUUAACACAUUCACUGUUGUCGAUGACGGUAAAAUACACUGUCUCAAACACCCCAUUAAAUACAAUUUGACCAGCAGAUGGGAUGACAGUUUUAAAUCAUUGGUACUGGGUUGUGAUGAUGAUUUGAGGGUCAUAAAUGGAUUUGUAGGACAGACAUUUUCAGUCUACUGUGGCGACGACUGUAGUGACAUAAAGUUGCCUCUGAAAGGGAGUGGUAUCUAUUCUCCCGAUUCUUCAAUCUGCAAAGCGGCAAUGCAUGCUGGUGCUGGGAAUCACGUCUUACUUAAGCUUCUAGACGGAUUGCCCUCAUAUAAAUCCACCAAGGGACACCACGGCAUAAUCAGCUGUAGUGAAUACAGUCCACAGCUUAUCAGCUUUUCAGUAUCUCCAAUGGUUACAUCUGAAUAUUUGACAUGUGAAGAUGAUGCCAUGUGGAUUUUGAAGUUACCCAUCGGGUCUAAACACAUUGUAAUGUGUCCUAAAGACUGUCAAAACAAUAAAAAAGCUAAGGUUUUUGGUACAGACAUUUAUAGUCCAAACUCUUCAGUGUGUAAAGCAGCGCUGCAUUCUAAGGAUAUAAAGGGCAACAUGAGGAUUGAGGUGGAAGUCGCGGAGGGAUUAAGCGAUUACAAGGGGAGUGAGAGGAAUGGAGUGACAUCAUAUUCAUAUAAGGGAUACCUCAGGAGUUUCAAAAUAAUAAGCGUAGAUAAAUGUUGA